GCGGCAGAGCACCGGCGCUGGGGCGCCACUCGCAGCCGGGCGGCGGCAGGCAUGGCCUCGGCAGCGGCGGCGGUGGCCCGUGGAGCGGGUGCAAGGGCGGCUGCUGCCCUGCGGGGCGGCUGCGGGACCGCGGCCCGGCGGCGGUCGCGAGCGAGCCUCGCUCGGCCCUUAUGCACAGCACCUGGGACCGCCCCGGACAUGAAGCUCUACCUGUGGGAGCGCUACCGGGAGGCAAAGAGAAGCACGGAAGAAUUGGUUCCUUCGAUUAUGAGCAACUUGUUGAAUCCAGAUGCGAUCUUCUCCAACAAUGAGAUGAGCCUGUCAGACAUUGAAAUCUAUGGCUUUGAUUAUGAUUACACCUUGGUAUUUUAUUCUAAGCACCUCCACACACUGAUAUUUAAUGCUGCUCGAGACCUUCUCAUCAACGAACACCGGUAUCCCGUGGAAAUCAGGAAAUAUGAGUAUGACCCAGACUUUGCAAUUCGUGGACUUCAUUAUGACGUGCAGCGGGCGGUCUUGAUGAAGAUCGAUGCUUUUCAUUAUAUCCAGCUGGGAACUGUCUACAGAGGCCUCAGCGUGGUCCCCGAUGAGGAAGUCAUUGAAAUGUAUGAGGGGUCCCAUGUGCCUUUGGAACAGAUGAGCGACUUUUAUGGGAAGAGUUCCCACGGAAACACCAUGAAGCAGUUCAUGGACAUCUUCUCCCUGCCGGAGAUGACGCUGCUGUCCUGUGUGAACGAGCACUUCCUGAAAAACAACAUCGACUAUGAGCCCGUCCACCUGUACAAAGACGUCAAGGAUUCCAUUCGGGAUGUGCACAUCAAAGGAAUCAUGUGAGCGAUCGAAGCAGAUAUUGAAAAGUAUAUCUGUUACGCCGAGCAGACCCGAGCGGUGUUGGCCAAACUGGCUGAUCAUGGCAAGAAGAUGUUUCUCAUCACCAAUAGCCCCAGUAGCUUUGUGGACAAAGGGAUGAGGUAUAUUGUUGGAAAAGACUGGCGGGACCUGUUCGAUGUGGUCAUUGUUCAGGCCGAGAAGCCAAACUUCUUUAACGAUAAACGGAGACCUUUUCGAAAGGUGAAUGAGAAAGGCGUCUUACUCUGGGAUAAAAUCCACAAGUUGCAGAAAGGCCAGAUUUACAAGCAGGGCAAUUUAUAUGAAUUUUUGAAGCUUACCGGAUGGAGGGGAUCCAAAGUGUUGUAUUUCGGUGACCAUAUAUACAGCGACCUGGCGGACUUGACCCUGAAGCAUGGCUGGCGAACUGGUGCAAUUAUCCCAGAAUUAAGAUCUGAGCUCAAAAUCAUGAAUACGGAGCAGUACAUACAAACUAUGACAUGGCUGCAGACCCUGACUGGGUUAUUGGAACAGAUGCAGGUUCACAGAGAUGCUGCGUCCCAGCUGGUCUUGCAGGAGUGGAAGAAGGAGAGGAAGGAGAUGAGAGAAAUGACCAAAGGUUUCUUCAACGCCCAGUUCGGCAGCCUGUUCCGCACAGACCAGAACCCCACGUACUUCCUGCGGCGCCUGUCGCGCUUCGCCGACAUCUACAUGGCCUCGCUGAGCUGCCUCCUCAACUACGACGUCAGCCACACGUUCUACCCCCGGAGGACCCCGCUGCAGCACGAGCUUCCCGCCUGGUCCGACAGGCCCCCUGCGGCUGGGCUGCCGCUCCUGCAGGAGGCCCAGGCCAAGUAGCCGGGGGAGGCCGGCCCUACCCCGCGCGGGCCUCGCAGGGACGUGAGCAUCACGUUGGAGCCGAUGCAGGUGUGCCUGGCCCUUCUCUGCUCUAUGUCGCGGAGACUCUGCUCCAGCGCGUGACCACAGAGGCGUGCAGCCCCGGCCAUGGGCUUGUUGACACCCUGUGAUCAGCCUUCUUGUUUCCCAAGGUACCGGCGUCUGACUCCUGGGUUGGGCAGGCUUCUUGAUGCCAUCUCUGUGUUCCAGCAGGUGACGUUUCGAAACUCUUUUUGUGACUCUUCCAAGGAAAACACAUGGAGAAAUGGAAUAUCCACAGGCAGUGCAGUGGCCCGGUGACGUGCUGCUCUCAGAAAGCCGAUGCUUUGGCGAGUGCUCUGGUAGCAUUCGGCCCCCGCCAGCGCCAGAGGUGGUCCCCAGACAGCAGCCGCGUCCCAGGUGUUAGGUACCAGGGCUUUGGCACUCUGGUGCCGCACUUGAAAGCAGACCCAGCCUCCCUGGAAGUCUUAUGUGAGAAACAACAAGAGAAGGUGCAAGCCCUUGGCCUUGAUUGUCCUCAGUAUCUGUUUCCUGUGUCCUGCUCCAUGUGGGGGAAGGACAGACGGUGCCCCCAGUGAUGGGCAGGUUCACUCUUUGCUCCAGAAAAGGAGGGUGAGGAGAGAAGAGCUUCUGGUUGAAUUUCCACCCAGAAGAACAGACUCUGUAGAAUGAGUCAGUGAGACACGCACAGGUCAGAAGAGCCAGUGCAGGGGUUUAUUACACCUGGAAACGCCACCGGAAUGUCUCCGUGUGCUCAUCAGAGGACAGAAGAUGAAACAAACAAAAAAAUGGCCUUGUAAUGAAGUCCACACCAUGAGCCCCACUGGGUGUGCUGCCGUCUUGUUAAAAUGUGUAUUCCUAGAGGCUGUCCUUGCUGGAGGCCGAGCAGAUGCCUGUCUCUGUCCUGACCUGACAGCCCAGGAGAGGGGCUUGAAUCCAACAGGAGGGGAAGGAGGCAGCCUUCAGCCCUGAGCCAUCUCCCACCCUUCCCUCCCCUUGGGUUUCUUUCCUGUCAUGCUUCUGUGGCGCUUUGGGGAGUCGGGGUGGUUUUCUUUAGGUGUUCUAUUUAAGGUGGGAUAAAGGGCAUUGAAACUAAGAGAGACAGUUGGAAAUGACCUAGUUAACUGAGUGUUCUUAUUUCUUUCUGAGGACAAGGCAAGUCCUUAAACCUAAACAUGCACCCUUAAACCCAAAGGAUGCAACAUGGGAGGAAGGGGCUCGUGCUCGCUUAUUCAGCGUUGUUUUUAAUGUGUUCACGUGUGGAGCCAGCUGUCGAUGAAAUGCUAGCUUGGCUUUCCACAGGCUGCCUGCCCGAAUGCAGAAACUAGGCGAGUUCUCUCGCACGCUUUGUAACAUUGCUUGUUAUAAUGGGAGUGUGCUUGUGAUAUUUUGAUGUAUUUAACUAGAAGAGUGAGAGUGACUGUGUAGACCCAAUAGACCCAAUUAGCUCCCCUUUUUUCCUCCUAAAUUUUAUUAUGAACACAGUAGUCUGUUUCUUUUUUGAAACACGCUAGGCAUUUUAUUUGCUCUUUAUUGGCGUCUAGGGGUUUUAAGCAGCUGAGUGUGUUGGAGACUGGCAUUUAAGGGGUGCAGGUGGAUGCCCAAAACUGCUCAGUGUUGGGGUCCUCAGAGGAGAGGGUACGCUGGAGCUUUGGGCUGAUCGUCUCUGCUUUGGAGAAGCCGAGUGAGGACAUGGGUAUUAUUUUUAAACUUUUGUCUUAGUUUUUAUCUCAGAUAUUCAUCGGCCAUCUCCCGGAUGCCCCAACAGGGUGUUUUGUUUACUUACGAAUCAGGUAUGACUGUUUUUAAAACCUGCUUUCCUGUAUGUCCAGGUUUGGUGGCCCAGGCCUGGGGGGAGACGUAUAUUUUCUGGGUCUGAACAAGGGAUCUUGUGAUUCAUUAGUUUCGGCCUGUGGGCCCACACGUGGCGGUUUUGAGAUCUGCGUGUGUGCCUGGGGAUGCAAACCCACGCUGGGUGGCCUGAGGGGUCAGGACAGCCGUCUCCACAGGAAGGACAGAGGCACUCUCCUUAAUGUGUCGCUGGCAUGACUCCCGCUGGGGAUCAGCCCGCUGCACUGCAUUCUGGCCUCGCCGGUGUGCUCCCUGGCGUGCACUCGGAUGAGUGCCAUCUGGCACAAAGGAAGGGAGUCUCUGUGCUACCACUGAAAACAUCAGUUUGGAAAGUGAACAGACACUGAGAAAUAUUUUCCAUUCUAGUAUCAGUUAGACUGAUUUUCUCAGAGUGAUGUGAGCAAAUAUUGAUAGUCCAGGGGCAGUCCACACCCCAGGGUUCCCAGUACCGGGAAGGACCUGCACAUCUGGUUUUCCAGAGUUGUUUCUGUAGAUGAAACCUGGCUUUUAAAAUAUUUUGGCUUAGAGCUCCUACUUUCCUGCUAACAUACUUUUUUUUUUUUCUUUUAAAAAUUCUCUUCCGCUCCAUUAAUGCCAUCUAACAUAAACCACCUGUUACUGAUUUGGGCCCAUCUCAGACAAAAUUACUGGUUGCUUGGAAUGCACUGGUCUUAAUUAGUGCAAAGGAGAAAUGAAAAGGAAUCAUUCCCCCAGCUAAUUGGGUGAACUGCAUAGCUUUCCCUCUCUUUUCCUCCCAAAGGCCUUUGAAGCAGCGGAAAGCUUGCUGAGUGUUGGGGCUGGAUUCCACUCUGCCAAAUGUUUAUCUGCUGCCAAGCACCCACUUGGGGGCCCUUGUCUAGAAUGUGCUCUCAGACUAAAUUCGGCCAGCGGCAGGCUUCCUUGAUUGCUUUGUUCAGCUACUAGGGAGCCUGUCAUUUGCCCUCUUGGGGUGAUUUCCUUUUGUACCAAUUUCCUUUUCUUCUGUGAUAGCACAUGGGAGCUUGGCUCCAAGCUCAGCUAACCUUAAUACCCUAACGGGUUGGAGAGAAGAAGGGGAAUGCAGUUACCCCGGUGUGAGGUUCAGCAGACUUUUCCAGUAGAGGGCCAGACUCUAAAGACUUUCAGCUCUGCAGGCCGUUUCCUGCGGCCCCUCCUCUAGCACUGGGCACGCCUGUGUUCCCAGACAGCCUGAGGAAAACGGGCUGCAGGUUGGAUUUGGCGCUCAGGCCAUGGAUUGACUUGGUGGCAGUGGCAGGCUGACCUUGCUGAAGGCAUGCAAAAGAACCAGCUCACGGACAGGUGCAGCUCGUAGGAAGGAGGUCUGUAGGUAGGUGCGCCACGUUCCCCUCCAGGCCGCCCUCUGCGUGUUUUACUCACGGGGCCAGUGGUAAAAUACCUUGUUUCCAGCACGUGGCAUGCUUGUUUUUGUGUAAUUGAGCUGCCAGGCGUGGCGCUCCGUGAGUAUACCUCUCGUUGCCCUGGAUCGUGAUUGUGCUGGUCGUGUGUGUGUGGGUGUGUGUGGCUGGCUGCCUGGCUGCCCAGAAGACCCUUCAGGACUGAAGGACUUAGUCCCCCGACUGCCGGGUGUGCUGCCAGCUUCCCAUCUGCUGCUGUCAGGCCUCUUGGGCGCUUCCCCUGCUGAAACGUCCUGUGGGCUCGCUGCCCCCCCCCCAGCAACACUGAAGGCCCGUCCAGCUCUAGAGCGGCGGGAGGGCGCACGGCUGAGGCCCCUUUGUGUCUGCCCUGCAGCCCAGCUCCCGUCUCUUCUCCCCGAUGUUGCUCCCAAGGCCAGUGCCCUGUACACCUCCUGCAUGAGACUCCCUCUCUGUUCGCUUUCCCAGGACCCCAACCCCCACAGCAGUGCUCUAUACUUUUCUAUGCUUUGGGCUUGAACUCUGCCUUCGGAAACUGUUUUCUAAUUAUUUAGUAUAAUGACAGGCUGUGCCUGUUAAUUUCAGGCACAAUGAAUGCAGAUUAGGUAGACUUACUAUUUAUUCCAAAUGUGAAUUGCUAUUUAUUCUAAAUGUUGAUUUUAUGUUACGUGACAUUGAACAUACUGCCAAAUAAAAGUUGGUUUGUCCAGUUUA